AUGGUCCAUUAUCAUGUUCUAGACAUGCAAGAUGUUGUUAUUGCUGACAUUCCCAAAAUGCAAAACACAAAUUUUGUCACCACUGAUCCAAAAAAUUUCAUGAUUGUGGGUUCAAUUUCUCAAGCCAUGGUAUCUAGGGUUCCUGCUGAUAAUCCUAUAAUAGUUGAAUACUUAAAAACUGUGGUUACUACUGGGGGUGAUGGUUCUAAAUCAAUUCAUGACGAAGAAAUUCAAAAGAAGAAAGUGAAAAGUUCCAAGCGCAAAGGGAAAUCUGUUUUUUUUAGAAACCUAAAAAGCUAA